AUGUUUGUUUCAACAGAAUGGGGGAGAUGUAAUUGGGCAAAGAAAGCUGAUGGAAAAGAGAUAAAGAAAAUAAUCAUGGACGAGAGAGGUUUUUGGCCUAGUGUGGUUUAUUCUCUUAAAACCACAAAUCCACUUGUCGAAGUGUUGAGAAUUGUUGAUGGUGAGCAAUCACCGACUAUGGCUUUAAUUUACGUUGCGAUGGAUGAGUGCAAAGAAAAAAUUGCAAAGAACUUUGAUAAUGAAGUCUCUUCUUAUAAAGAGAUUUGGGAUAUCAUUGAUGAAAAAUGGGAACAUCAAAUGCACAGGGAUUUGCAUGCGGCUGCCUACUACUUGAAUCCUCAAUUUAGAUUUUAG